GUGAAGCGCAGGGGCACGGCGAACCGCAAGGAGCGGCGCAGGACUCAGAGCAUCAACAGCGCCUUCGCGGAGCUGCGGGAGUGCAUCCCCAACGUGCCCGCUGACACCAAGCUCUCCAAGAUCAAAACCCUCCGCCUGGCCACCAGCUACAUCGCCUACCUCAUGGACCUGCUGGCGAAGGACGACCAGAAUGGGGAGGCGGAGGCCUUCAAGGCAGAAAUCAAGAAGACAGACGUGAAGGAGGAGAAGAGGAAGAAAGAGCUG